GGUCCAUUAGAUAUUUUUAAAACUAUAGGACGCAUCGCAUCUCUCCCGGAACUGCGCCGGCGACGGAGGAGGAUGAGCUCGGUGGCGAAGAAAGGAUGGAAUCUCUAUAUGAUUCAGCUCCAGCAUCAUCCUCUUCGAACUAAGGCGAUCACUGCAGGGGUUUUGUCAGGAAUCAGUGACUCAGUGGCGCAGAAGAUGUCUGGGAUUCAGAGGCUUCAGCUAAGGCGGCUUGUUCUUAAAGUGCUCUUUGGAGUUGCAUAUCUUGGACCUUUUGGCCAUUUUCUACAUAAGUUGUUGGAUUCCAUCUUCAAAGGGAAGAGAGAUAGUAAGACAGUAGCUAAGAAGGUAUUACUGGAGCAGUUGACAUCUUCUCCUUGGAACAAUAUGCUCUUCUUUUUAUACUAUGGGCUGAUUGUUGAAAAGCGGCCUUGGCCACAGGUGAAGAAUAAAAUUGUUAAGGAAUACCCAUCUGUGCAGAUGACAUCAUGGAUGUUUUGGCCCGUAGUGGGUUGGAUAAAUCACCGAUAUUUGCCACUGCAGUUUCGCGUUAUAUUCCAUAGCCUUGUUGCAUUUUGCUGGGGGCUGUUUCUAAACCUCCGAGCAAGGAGUAUGACUUUGCAAUAGGGAGUCUGUCAUCAACCUUUUGUGGAAAAAAUAUUUUCAAGUCACCUGAUGCUACCAGAUCUUCUUGUUUGCCCUGUAUUAUAUGCAUAUAUCAUUGAAGUGCUCCAACUUUGUUAACUUCAUUUUAAGUACAAUUGUAUAACUGCCUCUUGUUCUUAAGAAGUUAUGUAUGAUCAUCAAGUUCCUUUGUAAUUUUAUUGGAUCCUCAAACUGGAUCACAAGCUAUUCUCCUAAUAUAUCCAUGAUAUGGUCAUGAAGGUUUUACUA